AUGCUACGACAUUCCCGCCUCUGUGAUGCGAUUGAGCUGGGUGAAAAUGGCGUGAUCCUAAGCAGCGGUCAACGGGCCUGUGUAAACCUGGCACGUGCUGCCUAUGCCGUCAUCAUGUCUUCUGAGGUCCAGCGCCAUGAUCCGACUCGGGCCAUGGCAAAUUUCUGGAGCGGCUGUGUGGAGGCAAAAUCAAGCGGUGGGGCCUAUAUCUGCUUGCUGGACGACCCGCUGGCUCCGAUGGACGAGAAACUGGCCCGUCUCGUCUUCCGGCAAUGCAUAUGCGAUCCUGAAGGACUCGCAGGCACAUUACGAAUCGUCGCCACAAACCAGCAUCAGAUGUUGCCCGAGAUGGAUGCCAUCUUAGUUAUGGAUAAAGUUGGUUUACGCUAUAUCCUAGCAGUUUUUAUGCAUCAUAUAGAAUGCAGACGAAGGGUGGCUAGUGUAUGGGAUCAAAGGAUUGUUAAGACACUUGAUUACAGGCAAAGCCCCAAUUAA